UCCUCGCGCCGUCGAGCGAUGAUGAUCCGGAUGGAGUGCAAAUGUUAGUGUUCAGUGUCUGGUUGCGAGCAGUCGAAAUCUAUCCUUCGUUGGUAGCCUUUCUUCCCUGGAGCCCGCGUUUCCUUCGAGGAAGCAACGCUCCAUGCGCAUUUCAGACUCCAAUUCCUACGUGUCGUGCGAAUUUCGAUCACAUCUUGACGGGCUCUUCAAAAUGAGGCAGGGAUCGAUUGCCAUCACCGGGAAUAACCUGAUUCGCGCCUUCACAUUCAGCUGGCCUUUGAGACUUGCACCAAGGCGCACUUGGCAAAGCUUAUACCCAACUUGUGGUCCUUUACGGAUCUGCUUUCGACCCUUGGGUGGUUCUAGCAUCAAAUGUAUGCGGAUUUUAAUAUGGAAAAUGGUCAUGUCUUUGUUUCGUUGGCCUUCAAGCUCUGUCCCUCAGACAGCAGCCUCAAGUAGAAAUACGGCUGGUUGUAGCUGCCUGGUCCACUCGCUUGUUGCCACUGCACGCCCUUCUACCAUCUGGUAUGGUCGUCUCGAGCCACAGCGGCCGCCUGUGGGCGGAAUGAAGAUAAAGAGUCUAGUUGUCGCCUCGCCGUACGUCGUUGCCAUUCAAGUGGCCGGCAAUGCACAACCAAUUAUAGCCGAAUCUGGUGCAGGUUCGUGACUUGAUAGAUUGGUAUUGCGGUCUUCCUUUUUUUUAAAGCUGAUCGAUACAUAUAAGACAAGACCAGAUUAAAGAAGAAAAAAUUGGGUCCAGAUUACUCUUCUGAGCUAAGUUAGCAGAUAACAAGCUCAUACACCCUGAGCAGCCUCUAUUAGCCUUAGCCUAACCUCUACAUCUGUACGGCAUCUGAUCUGCUCGUCCAUCAAUCUAUGCCCACUGCAAUACUUCUCAAUAUUACAGCAUGAAUGGUGUCCUAUACGCCGAAGAGGGUGACGUCGAAGGGCAUGGAU